AUGACUGCCACAAUAAUAAAAGAGCACUUUUAUUUCCACGGGAUAGACAAAAGUUAUAAAAUAUGGUAUUGGCAUGGUGAAGAGCUUCAUGUUACUCCGGACCCUCCUAUGAUGAAUGAAGUUCGAAAUUAUAGGCAAUUGGAUCGUGAGGAUAAUUUAGAUGAAAUGAUUGACGAUGCAUAUUAUGAAUCAGAAGUAGAUCCCGUUAAGUUUGAAAAUCUUCUUAAUGACGCUGAAAAGCCGAUUUACUCUGGUUGCACUAAAUUUUCAAAGUUGUCAGCCCUUCUUAGAUUGUACAAUAUAAAAGCCAAAAAUGGAUGGAGUGAUAAGAGUUUCACGGAAUUGUUAGUUUUUUUGAAAGAUUUACUGCCUGAAGAAAACGAGAUGCCCGUAUCAUUUUACGAGGCUAAGAAAACUAUGUGCUCAUUAGGCUUGCAAUAUGAAAAAAUACAUGAUUGUCCUAAUGAUUGCGUAUUAUAUCGAAAUAGCCUUGUAGAUGCGAAUUCAUGUCCUACUUGUGGUGUGUCCAGAUGGCAAAAGAAAAAGAAUUUAGAGGAAGUUAAGGAAGGAGUACCAGUAAAAGUUUUGUGGUAUAUUCCUCCAAUUCCUCGUUUGAUUCGAUUUUAUCGAAAUGUUGAUCAUGCUAAGAAUUUGACUUGGCAUGCAAAUGAGAGAAUAAAAGACGGUAGACUUAGACAUCCUGCUGACUCACCAGCGUGGAAGACAAUGGAUUUUGAAUGGCCUUCAUUUGCCAAUGAACCUAGAAAUAUUCGUCUAGCUCUUUCUACGGAUGGAAUUAAUCCUCAUACUUCUCUCAGUAGUAAGUAUAGUUGUUGGCAUGUUAUGCUAGUCAUAUAUAAUUUAUCGCCAUGGCUUUGUAUGAAAAGGAAGUUUACCUUAUUGACCUUGCUGAUAUCUGGACCUAAACAACCUGGUAACGAUAUUGACGUCUACUUAGCUCCCCUAAUUGAUGACUUGAAAACUUUAUGGAAUGAAGGAGUUAGGGCUUAUGACGCAUACCGAAAAGAAAAAUUUACCCUUCGAGCGGUGUUGUUAUGGACAAUCAACGACUUCCCCGCUUAUGGAAAUUUAUCUGGUUACAAUGUAAAAGGAUAUAAAUCUUGUCCUAUUUGUGAGGAGAAGACUUCCUCUCAAUAUUUGAAACAUUCCCGCAAGGUGUGCUAUAUGGGACAUAGAAAAUUCUUGCCCCGGAGACAUUAUUUUAGAACUUGGAAAAAUGCAUUCAAUGGUGAACAAGAGUUUGGUUUGGCUCCAGUUCCUUUGACUGGGAAUCAAGUACUUAAUAAAGUAUCUGUAAUUCAGUUUAAGGUAGGAAAAUCUAUUAUUUGUUCAAUUAAGAAAAAGAAGGGUCGUGGAAAGAGUGUUGGCAAGGAUAAGACUGAAGUUAGUUUGACUAGUGCGGAUGAGUCUACAAGUCCUUGA